AUGUCAUCAGACGCCGCCCCUGGGGCCAUGGCACCUCAGGCAAACCACCCUGACCCAGCCGCCGCCGCCGCAGCCGCUGCUGCUGCUCAGCAACUCCAACAGGCAUCGCCCACUCAGCAGCACCAACAGUUGCAAAGCCUUCAGCACCAGCCUCUCCAGCAGCAGACGCUGGCACAACAGUCACUUCAACAGUCUCCUACCAUCCAACAUGCUCUUCAGUCACCUAUGCAACAGCAUGCAUCGCCUCAACCCGUACAGCAUGCCAUCGGCACCCCUUCCCUUGGCCAAAGCACCACUGUCGACUCACUCACUUGCCAGUGGCUGAACUGUGGUGAACGCCAUCAGUCCGCCGAAGCUCUCUACCGUCACGUCGGUCGCAAGAGCACAAACAACCUUAACUUGACUUGUCACUGGGGUUCUUGCCGUGUCACAACCGUCAAGCGCGAUCACAUUACAUCCCACAUCCGUGUCCAUGUCCCCCUGAAGCCUCAUAAGUGCGACUUCUGUGGCAAGGCCUUCAAGAGACCUCAGGAUCUCAAGAAGCAUGUCAAGACUCACGCCGAUGACUCGGUACUCCUUCGUUCCCCCGACCCGAACAUGGGUCAGAACAGACCUCCUGGCAACAACUACCAACAAGGUCAGCCCGCAUCCAAUGGCUACUACGGCCAUGACUUGGGAACCCCCAGUGGUUACCCUCACCCCAGCCAUGGCUUGAACAGCAACAACUUCUUCCAGCAGCCUCAGCAGCAGCCCCAGUAUGCUGGCUAUGGUCAGGUCAACUACCCUGCUAGCAACAGCCUUGCCGACAUCCAGAGCAUGGACACCCGUAGACGUGCUAUCGAAGCAUUGAACGACUUCCUUGGUGACAUCAAGCGUCGCGCCAUCGACCCUGGCAACUACUAUGACGUUGGCCAGCGUCUCCAGUCGGCCAAUCUGCCCCUUCCUAUCAGCACUGGCUACGGCUACUCGACUGGCAACAACUACGCCAGCAACAACAACAACUCGUCGUACAGCGCAGCCAGCUCGUUGCUUGACAGCUUUAACAACGCGGGCAACUUGGGCAUGUCUGCCAACGGUGGUGGUAGCCUGUCACAGGGUCCUCUCACCCAGUCAUACUCGUUGCCUCUGCCCUCCAACGCCCGCACCAAGCAAGACCUGGUUGAGAUCGAUAAGUUCCUCGAGCAGCUCCAAGCUACUGUCUACGAGAGCAGCAACAGUGCCGCUGCCGCCGGUGUCCAGCAGCCUGGAUCUCAUGCUCAGUACACCAACUACCCUGGUUUCGGCAGCCAGUACCGCAACAGCGACAGCCCUCCCAGCAUGCAGCACUCUGGCUCCGUCUCCACCCCCGGAAUCGGAUCGCUCUCCAACAUGCCUUCUAGCAGCGCUAUGGAGACUCCUGCUCUCACACCUGCUUCCGUGUCAUCCUACACUUCAGCCGGCCAGUCUCCCAUGUCGACUCACUCUCGCUCUAGCAUGAGCAGUGCUCACGGUAGCUCCAUGUACCCCAGCCUCCCAUCCGUUACAGCCAUCUCUGACAUGGGUGCUGGUUACCCUGCAACCACUUCCGCACCCGCAUCCGGUCUUGCAUCCGGCUUUGAGGGCUUCGAGGGUCGUCGCUACAGUGGCGGCCGUCUCCAACGCGAGGCUCCUGCUCCUCGCUCUCACGACAUGGAUUCUGAUGCCAUGGACACCGAGUCCGAGGGUGCCAAGACUCCCCGCGCAAGUACCAAGCAGCCCGAAGACUCGUCUUCUCUUGACCCCGCUCUCCGUGCUGCCUCCCAAACAUCGACUGCUGUCCAAAGCCCUAGCACCGGUGCAGGCAGUGAUACCGACGAGAAGCAGGCCACCUGGGUCGAGAACGUCAGAGUCAUUGAGGCUCUCCGCAGAUGGGUCAGUGAGAGAAUCAACAACCAAGAGUUCGAAACCGAGGCGGAGUACCCUGAACCUCAACACCAUGUCGAUCAUGACAUGCACAUGGAUCACCACCAGCCUACCGAUGAGAAGACUCUCGAGCCCCACUACGAGCAGGUCCAUCACCAGGAUCAUGAGCAGCAGCUCGAACAGCAGCUCGCACAGCACGAUCAACAAGCCGCACAGGAAGGCGAAGCUGAUGUUGCCUAUCCUGUUCUGAAGGUUGAAGAGUAA